UUCACGUUGCUAUGGACACAGACGUUCCAAGAUCGUAAAGCUAACAGUGAGGUUAGUGAAAGCAGAACCGAGUAGAACCUUAGAACCGGGACCAACGGAACCAGAACCAGUCUGUAGUUGGUUCCAAGAGACUGUUAAAGUAGACACAUACAGGUGACGACUUAGGCCGGUUCUGUCGGGAAUGUUCAUGUCUGGGUUCGUCUGCGCCAGAAGUAUCCAAUAGAUAAAGACUGGUCUUAAUACUGAGGAGAUGGAGACGGUGCUGGAGGAAUGGAGCAGUGAUACAGAGACAAAGCGGGAAGAGGAGGAGCUGAGUCUCAGGAACAUGAGGGUUUCUGUUCUUGUGGACUCGAGCCCUGAGUCCUACAGGACAAACUCUCCUGAAGAGGUUCGACUGUUGGCCAUCGUCGACAGUUUCCAGCGUCAGUAUUCACACUUGUACCCAGACCGCACACCCCUGCUGCUGUGCCCAGUCAAUGAAUGUGGGGUGAAGAAGUUUGUGUGCACCACCCUUCGAGCCACGCCCUCAGCCUUCCCUGAGCUUCUCUCCUGGCAGGGCUGUGCUGCCUUCGUGGCCGACUUCCUGUGUCUGGAGCUUCUGCAGCCACCUGCUGAGGUGCCCAGACACAUGUCCUCCUCCACCUUAGUGCUGCAGACUCAGAGGGCCACGUGCUUUGAAUCUGCCACCCUGCUGUGCAGCCUGUUGCUUGGCGCCCAUUAUGAUGCCUACUGCGUCAGUGGCUACGCAGUCAAACAAAUGUGUCUGCUUGACCAGAGUCUGCAGGACUGCCCCCUGCUGGACACAAAGAGUGAGAUCUCAGAGCAGCAAGAGAAUGAGUCCACAGUGAGUCCCUCAACGGAGCUAAAGAGUCGCUUUCUGAUUCAACAAGAGAAGAAAAAGCAGGAAGCUGAGGCUGAGCUGCUUAAACAGAAGCUGCAGGAGGAGACACAGCAGCAAACAGAAGACCCCCUGCAAGGCCUGCGGGUUCACUGUUGGAUUCUGGUGCUGUCAGGAAGUCGGAGCAUCCAGGAGAACUUCUUCAUCGAUCCUCUAACCGGGAGCAGUUACAGCACUUCAGAUGACAAGUUCCUGGGCAUCGAGAGCGUGUGGAACAAUCUCAACUACUACGUGAACAUGCAGGACUGCAGCACUGGCUGCGCCGAUAUGAGGUUUGACCUGGAGGACGACAGGAUGUGGGAACCAGUUCUGUUCGGUGCAACCAGCAAAAAGCAGCUGAUUCUUGAUGUUAUCAAGAAAAAGGAGAAAACUUUGACACAGAAAAUGACCAGAGAUGAGGAGGAGGAGGAUGAGGAGCCCAGGGUGUUUAAAAUGCCGAGAGCCUGGCUCGAUCACAUCACCAUCUCAAAAAAAGACCUGGAGACCCGCUGGCCCAAAGGGCACAAGGUGACCCAAUACAGAAAGGCAAAGCUGGAGAAGUUUGCCCCGUACCUGAGGGCAGACGGCCUGGUCACACAACUCACCACAUACACAGACUCAGACUGCGCUGAGGUCGCCACAGUGAAGAAGUGGUUUCAGCACAGAAGCGACCACCUGGAGCAGAAGGAGCUCGACUUGGCCCACGGCUUCACCACCGAUCGCUUCAGACCCGGAAGAAGCUUCAGCCUUUUAGUUCACAGGUAUAAGACCUCGGAGUUCCAGCACGACAUGGACUUCAGCACAACCCAUGUGGACAACCUGGUGCGGAGGGAGGUGUCGACUCACCAAAUGACUGAGGUCUUUGAGGGCCGCCCCGACUUUCUGUACUACCGUCACGUCGUCUUUGAUCCACACAUGCAGUUUUCAGACACAGUGGAUUCUGUGGAUCCAAAUGACCAAACUGUGCAGAAAGUGGUGGAGCGUUUCCACAGGAAUCGAUCCAAAGCAGCCAACGAAGACGUAGAAGAGCGAGUGUUCCUCGUGGCCCAAAGACGGGUGGAGGUGACCUAUCACUUAGAGGAUCACAGAUUCAUCCCUUCAAAGAGGAGCUUCAUCAAGCCAGAGCCAUCGACAGAGGAGAAAAAAGAGGAGGACUUUGUCCCCGCCAUGGUGUCCAGCUUUCAGGUUGAACCGUCUGAGAAACCUCCAAGGACCCUGGCCCUGUACCACAUGCUGCAGGCCCUGGUGAAGGCCGAGAACCAGGCGCUGCUCCAAAUCAGCAAAUCCAUUAAAGAGGUGAGAGAUAUUAUGGUCUGCAGAGAGCAGGAGCAGAGUCAUAUCACGCUCCCCUACUCCUGCUGGACCACGACAGCGGCUGCCGGGGCCCGAAAACAGAGAGAGGAAAUGGAAAAUCUUGAUGUGGAGGAGCAGAGGUGGCUGCAGGAAAAGAAGGAUGACAUUCUGGCUCCCCACCUGAUCCGUCUGGGCUCCGCAGGCACUCUGCGCGCCGAGGAGGCCAGGCAGGUCUAUCGGGCCUGUUUGGCCGAGUACCAGGAGAGACUGGUGGAGAAGGCCGACCUCAUCCAAAAGCGAUACGAGAUGGAGACGCUGGAGCUGCAGAAAAUGCAAGAGUGGUACCAGAAGAACCAGCUCAACAUUAGCGAUGAGCAGAAGAAGCAGUAUGAGAACGACUGUGUGGAGAAACUGCUGCAGAUACAUGUGGCCAAAGAACGACUUGACUUGCACAAGGAGCAAGCUCAUUACAAGUUUAAGAAUUUUAAUCAGAAGUUGAAACAAGACCCUCGACUGGUCGCUCACCUGCUCAGCUGAGACCACACUCACAGACCAACAGACUGCUGAGUGAUAAUCCGCAGACGUCUGAGUCCACCCCAGCAAGCUGCUAUAGAAAACACUUCCUGUAUUACAACUGACGAAUAAACAUCUGGAUGUCUGGGUCCAUGA